UGGGAAUCCUUGAGAACGCCACCAGCUUUGUCUCUCCAUGACGAGCUGACAAUGUCGCGCAAGCAGAGCCCGUUUCCCAAGAAACCUCUCGCCAUCAAGCGCGCCGAUGGCGAGCCUCUGACACGCGUCGACCUCCAAUACGAUUUCCUCUUCCAUAUCUUCAACGAUGACCAGCGUGUCUUCACGGAUCCCUAUUCCUCUGCUUUCGGAGGUCCUCCUGGCUGCAAGGUCUCCUUUCGUGACCUCUAUGUAAAUGCUAUCAUGCAUUCGACCAAGGCUACCAAGGCCCUCAAAGACUCCAUGUCGGCUUCCGCCAUCUUCGCCACCGACUUCGCAAUGCUGGCUUUGUUGGCAAACGUAGGCCGGGUGAAUACCACGAUGAGCUUCUUCGCCGAGAAGAAAACGGCAGUGCGAACAUACCACCCGAUCCCUGCUCUCCAAAGAGCCGACGGUAAUCUCCAAGAUGCGCCCCGAAUCAAAGGUCUACUCAAGGCCUGUACGGUACCAGAUGAGGAUCCAAAGUCUAUUCCGACAACUCCCGGUGAUAUUCUUGCCCGUGCAACAACCGGAAAGGUACCGCCUACUAGCAUCGCCACUAUCAUUUUCAUUCUUUCCAAUUACUCUCCUGCGAUCGGUCAAGAGCAUUUCUUAAAUGAGCUUGAAUUUAUCGACCUCUUUCUUCCUGUUGAAGUGUCUAGUGCCUCUCGCGCCCGCGCUUUUCUAUGGCUCUGCUUUCAUUUUCACGAAGCGACAUCUGCUGUCAAUGAAGACGACUACGACACCGAGGUGCUUAGUGUCAAUCCAUUCUGUGACAGUCAUCGGCCAGGAAAGGCGCCUGCCUUUAUCAUGAUAACCCGUGCCGAGGCUGAGAAGGAAAACGUGGACACGGAGGAAGAGAUAGCUCGUGCCGAAAAGUCCGUUAGUCAUAGAAACGACAUCAUCAAUAAGGCCGUUAAAGACGCCUCCACUACGUCCACUUCUAAGGCCGUCCAUAACGACGAGGGCAAUGUUCCAGAAGUCAAACCCAAAGGCAAGCGCAACACCGGCGUUCCCAUGACGCUCAAGGAGAAGAAGGAAAGGAAAGCGCUUUGGGACAAACAGUAUCGUGAGCGAGUCAAGAAUAAAGCGAUGCUGGAGAAAAACAAGGAAAUUAAGCGAAAGGAAAGUAAGCAGGUUCAGCCCAAGCUAGACUUGCCCGCCGAUGUUGCCGAAUUUGGUUCAUUUUCCCGAGGCCGUGAAUCGUCGUUAUACGCAGCUCCCGGGUAUCGGCGCUCUAGUCCCGAUGUCCCUUCAGUGUAUCAGCAUCGAUAUGCGCCAUAUAGGUUCGGGGCCGUAGGAGACUCUACAUGGUCUUCUCGCCACGUAUCGCACUCGAAAGGCGUCGGAAGUUCCCACAAAUCAAUGCUCGAACACGCCUGGCAUGUUAUCAAUUGCACGGAUCCUCUUCUGGAUUCUGAUGAUGAGGCGGACGACCAUGUACACCGUGAUUAUUGUCAGUCCCACCACCCUGCUAAGGAGGAUUGCGCACCUUAUCCAUUUUCAGCUAAACGACUGCGAAUCAUCGCACGCGUCCGCGGUAAAGACCCUACGCCAGAGCCAGAGCCAUAUUCCGUCGCUCCUCAGCCGCAUGCAUCCACUUGAGUACGUUGUUCACUGCUUCAUACUGUAAUAUUAGUAGUACCACCCCCUUCCCCCUGUUUAUUCCUUAAUGUUAUCCAAGUAAAUACUUUCGUCUUCCUAACUAUUUAGUCU